GAGGCGGCGCUGACAGCGAUCGCCCUGUCUGAGGGGUCGCCGGGUGGCUGGUCGUGCAGCACGGUGCGGGGAGGCUGCACAUGGGGGCCCGCCGGGUGGCUGGUCGUGCAGCACGGUGCGGGGAGGCUGCACAUGGGGGCCCGCCGGGUGGCUGGUCGUGCAGCACGGUGCGGGGAGGCUGCACAUGGGGGCCCGCCGGGUGGCUGGUCGUGCAGCACGGUGCGGGGAGGCUGCACAUGGGGGCCCGCCGGGUGGCUGGUCGUGCAGCACGGUGCGGGGAGGCUGCACAUGGGGGCCCGCCGGGUGGCUGGUCGUGCAGCACGGUGCGGGGAGGCUGCACAUGGGGGCCCGCCGGGUGGCUGGUCGUGCAGCACGGUGCGGGGAGGCUGCACAUGGGGGCCCGCCGGGUGGCUGGUCGUGCAGCACGGUGCGGGGAGGCUGCACAUGGGGGCCCGCCGGGUGGCUGGUCGUGCAGCACGGUGCGGGGAGGCUGCACAUGGGGGCCCGCCGGGUUCAUUUAGUGCCUCUCCGAUCCGUGCAGGGCAGAAGCAGCGAGUGAUCGAGCAGCCCGCCCGGGAUUUGUGUUUGGCUCUGAAUAAUCAAACAGCUGAUGAUAAUUUAGCCCUAAAAGGAAGAAUGAAAGUGCCGCACUCCACCAGAGCCCAAGUGAGGAGACUGAAAAAGAAACGGAAGCAGCAGCAGCAACACCGCCACCUAGUGUCCAAACCAGAGCCCUGCACCCUGAGCCCGGGGUCUGCGCUGGCCAGGCAGUACCAGCGAGCCACCAGCAGGGGGCAGCCGACUCUCAAGAGACUGAAACACAAGCAGCCCAGAGGCGUUCAGGACGCUCCGCCCAACUCAAGCUGCCUCUCCCCUUCCUCCUCCUCCUCUGGGGGGAAGAAGUGGAUUUGCCCCCAGGAGAGAAGCCCAGCUGGGACUGGGAGGAGAGAGCCUCCUCACGCUCACAGCAAUGGUUCGGCCGGGAGAGUGCAGCCCCGGCAGGGGGCGGCGCUGGUCCCCGCUGUCCAGGACUAUGAGGUGCAGAUGGAGGACACUGAUUACUGGCGCUCGUUCGCGGAGUCGGUGAUGCAGAACGGGGACCACACGGAGCUCAGCGCGGAGGACACACCCCAAAACAACAGCCAAUCACGAGCCGGCGAGGAGGAGGGGGAGGGGGAGGACCCCUCCUACCUGGCUGCAGUGGAUGAUGGGAAGGGGAGGACGGUGGUCGUCAUGGCGCCCGGACAGACCCUCACGUUCAGAGGGAAGUCUCAGCUCACCUGUCUGUACGGCCGUAUCGAUGUGUUUGGCUUCACGAUGGAGGAAGGGCAGCCCUCGUACCCGCUGCUCUCGCCCCCGACGCACUGCCCCCUCACCAUCCAGGCGCUCCCGCACUCCACGGGGGGUAAGACCAGGAAAGAGCGCCGCCUGGAGGCCAAGGCCAUCGUGAAGAGCUACCUGCGCGCUGGAGCGCGCCGAUCUGGUCUCAUGAAGCAGGUCUCCUCUGAAACCUCAGUGCUGCUGCUGGAGCGGCUGGAGACCCAGGCAACACGCUUCAUCUGCAGCCUGCCAGCUCACCGGGACCUGUUCACACUCAGCGUGAAGGAGCGCGGGUUCCGCCAGCCCGCCCCUGAUUGCCCCCUCUCCGCGGCGGGCGUCGUGUCUCUGCCCAGCAACAGCGGCCUGGUGAUGUCGGAGCGCUACAGCGCCGCCCUCAGCGAGCUCGUCCGUGCCUGCCAGGUGGAGGAGGAGGGCUGUCCUGUGAUCCUGGUGUGCGGGGGAAAGAGCGUGGGCAAGUCCUCAUUCAACCAGCACCUGAUCAACACACUGCUGAACCAUGUCUCCUGUGUGGAUUACCUGGAGUGUGAUCUGGGACAGACAGAGUUCACUCCCCCGGGCUGCCUGUCCCUGCUGUCUCUCACAGACCCUCUGCUGGGCCCCCCCUUCACUCACCAGCGCCCCGCAGGUCGGAUGGUGUAUUUCGGGGAGCCCUCGUGUGAGCAGGACCUCGAUCGCUACCUGGAGUCUGUGAAGUAUCUGUGGAGCUUCUACCGGAGAGAGAGCCCAGUCAUCAUCAACACCAUGGGCUGGGUGCGAGGGUUUGGGCUGCUCCUCCUGGUUGAUCUCAUUCGUCUGCUCUGCGUCACUCACGUGGUCCAGCUGACCCACGAUGACCCCGCCAUUGCCCCCAUGCCCUCCCUCAGCCCCGCCCACCUGCGCCAAGCCCCAGGCUGGCACACCAAGGGCAGGGGUCCGAGGUUGGCAGAGGAGCCCAGCUGCCUCGCCACCCCGAGGGGCCACACACUGCUGGAGUUCACAGGGGCUGGAGCCGCGAGAAAUGUGCGUUACCGCUGUAAUGUUCUUCGUGAUCUGGCCCUCCUGGGAUACUUCAGCCAGCUCCAGAGUGUGGAUCCUGAGCCAGGGCCGGCCCUCCCCCUGCACAGCUUCACCCCCUACCAGGUGCCCAUGCGCUCCGUGGCCCUGCGCGUGGUACACUACGACGUGGCCCCUGCUCACGUGUUGUACACGGUGAACGCCAGCCUGGUGGGGCUGUGCAGCCUGGCCGAGGGGGUGGGGGGUGCGGGUGGAGAGGAGGGACCCGUGCUGCUCACUCACACCCCCGUCUGUGACUGCCUCGGAUUCGGGGUGCUGCGCGGGGUGGAUGUUGCGCGGGGGCUGUAUUUCAUCGUGACUCCUCUGAGUGCGGAGCGGCUGAAGCAGGUGAACUGCAUGCUGGUCGGGAGUGUGGCCCUGCCCCAGGACCUCUUCAGGAACCAGGCUGGGAUCGAGGGAGAGCGCCCCUACCUCACGUCCGAAUACUGCUUCGAAAUCUUCGGAGCCGGGAAGCUGAAGAAGAGGAAGAACCUGAAGAGACGGGAGCACCUGGGAGCCCCGAGCUGGAAGAACUGAGCCGAGCCGACCAGAACCACAACAAGAACCAGAGCAAGAACCAGAACCACAAGCAGAAAAAGAACCACAAGCAGAGCAAAAACUAGAACCAGAGCCACAACCAGAACCAGAACCAGAGCCACAAGCAGAGC